AGUGCUCAAGGGACAGAUCCCAGCGUCAUGUCACUCCAGAGGGUCACUGGGUGCACGGCGCAUUCAUUCAGCGGACAGGUUUGGGUAUUUAAGCAGCUGUUUAUGGACUGAAACUGUGGCUGUGCGUUUAGUUGGACUGACGAACCUCCGCUGCCAACGCCUUUCCCCCUCUCUCCGCUUCUCUCCGGCUGGGAAAGUUCAGCUCUCAUCGACCCAAGCGCGUUUCCCUUCAACUCAUGAACUGCUGAGACCACGACGCGACACUGAUAAGUGCUUCGAGAGCAAACAUGGGCUGCACGAUCAGCGCCGAGGACAAGGCUGCAGUGGAGAGGAGUAAAAUGAUUGAUAAAAACCUGCGGGAGGACAGAGAGAAAUCCUCCAGAGAAGUGAAACUGCUUCUGCUCGGCGCAGGGGAAUCUGGGAAAAGCACAAUAGUGAAGCAGAUGAAAAUCAUUCAUGAAGAUGGCUACUCAGAAGAGGAGUGCAAGCAGUACAAAGUGGUGGUGUACAGUAACACCAUCCAGUCCAUCAUGGCCAUCAUCAGGGCAAUGGGAAGGUUAAAGAUAGAUUUUGGAGACGCUCCACGGGCGGACGAUGCCCGCCAGCUGUUUGCCCUGGCGAGCUCGGCGGAGGAAGGAGUGAUGUCGGCAGAGCUGGCCGGUGUGAUUCGGAGGCUGUGGAGCGAUGGCGGAGUUCAGGCCUGCUUCGAUCGAUCACGAGAGUAUCAGCUCAACGAUUCUGCUGCAUAUUACCUGAACGACUUGGACCGGAUCUGCGAGCUGAACUACGUCCCGACUCAGCAGGACGUGUUGCGCACGCGUGUGAAGACCACUGGCAUCGUGGAAACUCACUUCACCUUCAAAGAUCUCUACUUCAAGAUGUUUGAUGUCGGGGGUCAGCGCUCCGAGAGGAAGAAGUGGAUCCAUUGUUUUGAGGGAGUCACUGCCAUCAUUUUCUGUGUAGCGCUCAGUGACUACGACCUGGUCUUGGCUGAGGAUGAAGAGAUGAACCGUAUGCAUGAGAGCAUGAAGCUUUUUGACUCCAUCUGCAACAACAAGUGGUUCACGCUCACCUCCAUCAUCCUCUUCCUCAACAAGAAGGACUUAUUCGAAGAGAAGGUCAGCAGGAGUCCGCUCACUAUCUGCUACCCCGAGUACUCCGGUGGGCACGCAUAUGAAGAGGCAGCCGCUUAUAUCCAGUGCCAGUUUGAAGACUUAAAUAAACGAAAGGACACCAAGGAGAUCUACACCCACUUCACUUGUGCCACAGACACCAAGAAUGUGCAGUUUGUGUUCGAUGCUGUCACCGACGUCAUCAUCAAGAUCAACCUGAGGGAGAUUGGGCUCUACUAAAGCCUCAGGCCCUGCAGGUGUCAGGAGAAAUAUCAGGACUUCUGGGCUGGUAUGUUUUGUCUGCAGAGAGCGAAUAGGAAAGUAUGUGUUACUAAGGACUGAGUUGUCGGCCGUGCAGCACGCAGGACCUCAAUUCCAAUUCCAAUCUGGGGACUUGCUACUAUGAUUCUUUUUGUCUUAAUAUAUUUUAUGAUGCAGAGCAUACUGGGAGGAAGUGAUAAGUGGGGGAGGCUUGUGAAGUGAUCGCUGUGAGUUCAUGUGGAGUCCUGUCAUAUUUAAGACCUUUGACAUCAGAGGGGCUGGCAGGUAAAGCCCCUCUGAUGUCUCUGACACAUUUAUAGUUUGUCUGUCAUCUGCACAAGGACCAAAACAGACGACUCAUUACUGCAUUACACAGUUCCACAGCUGAUAUGGAAAUUCUAUUCACUUUUUUGUGUUGCAUAUUCUCUUAGCUGUACGUCUGUAUCACAUUGCUUUUAUUGAAUAUUUGCAUUUGUAAUAUUCUAUUUUAAUUUUGAGCUGCAAUUAUUUAGUGUUUCCACUUUUGGAUGUGUGAGUAGCUUUCAUGUAUAUAACGUUACAUUUUGGGUCUGGGAUUAGUUAGCAAGAGUCUAAUGAACUCAGUAGCAACAUUGCUGUCUGCACAGUUAUUUUAAUUUUAACUAAACCACAUUGUGUUAAACAAUAUUUUUUUUAUACUUGAGAAACAUCAGUGCAAAUCAAUUUGUGAAGGGAGAUCUUCAUUUCUGUUUUUGAAUAUGACUAAUUUUAUUCACUCACUGUAGGUCAAUGUAGAACUCCUUUUUUUCAAAGUAAUUUUUUUUAUCUUGUGGAUUCAGUGAAGAAAUAUAAACAUUUAAAACAUAAAAAAGUGGGAUAGUUUGAUAUGGCCAGAGGCUUUAUUUGGGUUCUUUGGCUGUAGCCCUCACAUUAUACUGAGGAAGUCCGUUGCUGAUAUGCUAUGUGCUAUGCUUGGGCUGGAGUAGAGCACAGUUCGGGUUAGAUCAGUCACUUCCUGCACAGAAAAGUCCUGAUCGCAAACUUUCCCGAAGGUUAUGAAGGUUGAGAGUUUAAAUGUAUAGCUCACUUUAAGUUUCUGCAGUUGUACUGGUUCAUUUAACGUCAUUAAAUGAUGGCACAAA